UUUGGCACAGGCGCAGUACGUUCUGGUGACGUGCUGUAGACGCCUUAGAUGCUAGUCAGGACAUGUUAGAUGUUGCCAAGACCAAGAACGUCUACAGGAACUUCAUCAAGGAAUUCCUGGGACCGAACCGACUUGGCAUUGAUGAUGACAGCUAUGACGCUGUGGUUGGUAGUGGUCUGUUUGCUACCGGUCACGUCAAAUCCGACUGUUUGGAACAACUUAUUCGCAUUGUCAAACCCGGUGGAGUUAUCUGCCUGGCCCUCAGAGAGAACCGUCUGCAAACCAACGAGGGUUGCAAAGAUCUGGAAUCCCGGAUGGCGGCGCUUCAGAGCGAAGGCCUGUGGCAGCAGGUGUCCAGGGAGCUUUUCCCCGGCUACGCAUCUGGCGACGAUGGCGUAGUCUACCUCUAUAGAGUGCUGUAGAAUUAGAUUUUCCACAGAGAAAAUGACUGAAAGUAAACAUUUUUGUCGUUAACAUUUUGCGUAAACAAAGAACGAGCAUGGCGAAGUCUGGUUUUAGGUUGUUUAGUCUCCUUCGCAGACCUCGAGCGGGGCCGCUUUUAUAUUAUGGGGUGUGGUGGGGUGAGGGCGCUGGUUUGCUAGUUGCAAAGUUGGUUAAGGUUCUCUAAUGCCUGGAAAGGCAGUUAGGCAUUUAAGAUAAUCAUUUCGAAAGGAAGAAAAAAGAAAGAAAUAGCACAGAUAAAUUGAUAGCAUGUUUCACUUCAGAUAUGUAAAAAACCUAGAUGUUUGUAGAUAUAUGGAUAGAUAGAUGCGACUCAGAUGUACCCGAUCCAAUACAAAUACACAUUGCAUGACGAAUGUAAACCGGAUCCUUACAGAACUAGAAGCCAGUUUUAUAUGUACAAGCCACCGAAUGGCAUUUACAGCGGGAGGUGGCAGCUAGUCGACAUACAAUACGUCAAGUAUUAUUAAGUGACCUGUCUUACAUUGUACACACAUACCGUCAUACGCAAGACAUAUCUAAUCAGGUUAAGAAGAAUGAUUUUCAUACCCGGCUAUCAAGGGCGUCUUGUAUUUAAGAAAUUGGCAAGUCUGGACAUACUGUACGUCAGUGAAACUGACACAAGACUACGUAUUUACUUAGUAUCUAACGUUAAAGCAUUUUCUUCAUGAGGCAUAUUGUUGCGUAACGCCCAGGAAAAGUGGUCAUGUUACGUUUGCCGUGCCUCUCUCGUAAACAGUAUUGACGUAUAAUAUAUUGAUCUUAAUAUCAGCUAGCCUUGAAUGGGACAAGAUGCUUUUCAGGUACUAUACUAUCUAGUGAAGUGUGUAUGACAUUGAAGGAUAUAAAUCGUUUAUUAAAAGACUAACUCUGA